AUGACAAUCAGCUGGAAUGAGAAGACUGAUGCCAAGUUGCUGGCUGGCAUACUUGCUACCAGCCCCACCGCCAUCGAUUUUAAUGCUCUCGCCGAGUACAUGGGUGAUGGAGUCACCGUCUCCGCUGUCCGUCACCGGGUCACUCGUCUUCGGGCUAAGGGCGAGGAGGACGGCAACGUCACUUCCCCGGUUUCGCCCGUUGUAAAGAAGCGUCAGCGCCGUACUCCAAAGAAAUCUGCCCAGGCCACUGCUGGCAAGAGCAAGGACGCUGAUGCUGAGUCUGAUGGAGAAGGCGGAGCUACCAAGGAUGAGGGAACCCAGGCUAAGGUUGCAAAGGGUAAGAAGCGCAAGAUCAAGCACGAGGAAUCUGAGGAUUCCCCCCUUAGCUCCGAAUCCAUCAAGGAGGAGGAAGAUUCCUCUGACGUCUAA